GUGUUGAACAAGUAUCCUCUGGUACUCUCCUCACUAGCAGCUCUCAACAACAAAUGCAGAAGGAACUGCACAACUGCUUAGAUUGUGGAAAGAGUUUUCUUCUUCAGAGUGGUCUACGACAACACCAGUGUGUUCAGAAAAGCCAGAAGUCGUAUCACUGCUCACAGUGUGGGAAGAGUUUUCAUCUUGAAACAGCUUUCAAACGACACCAGCACAUUCACACAGGAAAGAAACCGUAUCAGUGUUCGCAGUGUGGAAAGAGUUUUACUCAUCGAAGUACCUUCAAACUACAUCAACGCAUUCACACAGGAGAGAAGCCGUAUCACUGCUCACAGUGUGGGAGGAGUUUUUCUCAACAGAGUUCCCUCCGAACACACCAGCUCAUUCACACAGGAGAGAAACCGUAUCACUGUUCACAAUGUGGAAAGAGUUUUACUCGUAAGACUCAAGUCAAACAACACUAUCGCAUUCACACAGGAGAGAAGCCAUAUCACUGCUCACAGUGUGGGAGGAGUUUUACUGAAAAGGGUUAUCUCCGAACGCAUCAGCGCAUUCACACAGGAGAGAAGCUGUAUCACUGUUCACAAUGUGGAAAGAGUUUUACUCAUCGAAGUACCUUCAAACUACACCAACGCGUUCACACAGGAGAGAAGCCGUAUCACUGCUCACAGUGUGGGAGGAGUUUUUCUCAACAGAGUUCCCUCCGAACACACCAGCUCGUUCACACAGGAGAGAAACCGUAUCACUGUGCACGAUGUGUAAAGAGUUUUACUCAUAAGACUCAAGUCAAACUGCACUAUCGCAUUCACACAGGAGAGAAGCUGUAUCACUGCUCACAGUGUGGGAGGAGUUUUACCGGAAAGCGUAAUCUCCAAAUACACGAACGCAUUCACACAGGAGAGAAGCCGUAUCAGUGUUCCCAUUGUGGAAAGAGUUUUUAUCAACCGCGCUACCUCCAAAUGCACCAGCGGGUUCACACAGGAGAGAAACCGUAUCUCUGCUUGGACUGUGGGAGGAAGUUUACUUACCAUCACAGUUUCAAACGACACCAGCACACUCGCACAGGAGAGAAGCGGUAUCACUGCUCACAGUGUGGGAAGAGUUUUACUGACGAGUCUAAUCUCAAAACACACCAGUGCACUCACGCAGAAAAGAAACUGUAUCAGUGCCAACACUGGAGAAGACUUGACUCAUCCAAGUGA